UCCUCCUCCUCCUCCCUCUCUCCCCCCCCUACUAAUAAAGUAGGCGCAUACAUUUGCUUAUCUACUCUCGGAGUAUACUGUCAACAACCACCCGCAAUAACAAACUUCGAUUUGUCACCUGCGGGCAGGUAGUGCCACUAUCCUUCACCCAAACAACCCCGCGUACUGCUAGACAAGUACUCGCAAACGAAUUCUCAAUAGACGCUCAGAUCCUCAACACCGUAAACCGUACUUCACCCAAUCAAUCCACCACAUUCAAAUGAGCAAAGCAUCCACCGCUAGCCUGCCAAAGACACAGCCAUCUACUCCAGCCUCAGGUAGCUCAACGCCCGCAACAGCAGCCAGUAGCACACAGGCAACCCGUCCCGUCUCCGCCUGGUCCAGGGGGCCACCUCUCACCGCCCGCACAGCCCCGACCACCGCGCCCUUAUCUGCUGUUCCCACCUCUGCCCCUGCCUCCGCCCCUGCUCCUGCUCCUGCUCCGGUACCUUCAUCCGCCCCAGCACAGAAAUCUGCAUGGAACACACCAGCACAGGCUAGUCAGCCUCCGAGCGGGACGGUCACCCCGACCGGAACAGGAACAGGAACGCAUGCGCGUAAAGCUAGCAGCGUCGUCAAGGAUGGUAUUGCCGCUGUAGCGGGAAACGGAGCUUCGAAGCCUGGGUCCGCGAUGAGCUUUGGGAGCGUGGGCGAGAACGCUAGAUCCACGCCGACUGCUGCUCCUGCUAGUGCUCCACCCACAGCGACUGUCGCUGACGCGAAGACGUUCGGCUCCCUGCCUGCUACUGCUAAAAAGGACGAAAGUGCAUCGAAAAAGGAUGCUCCUGCUGCCUCUGCUUCCUCCGAGAAGCCAGCGGAGAAACCAAAGGAUCACAAGCCUAAGAAGAAGGUGGACUUGAACGCGUUAUUCCAAGUCGUCCCUCAGCCGUCGAGCUCCGCUCCAUCCCCGUCUCCUAGUACGACAGCUGGACCUUCUCUCCCUCCCACAUCCCCUCCUCCUGCGGGUACCCCAGUGACCGGCCGCCCACCCACAGGGCAGGGACAAAGCAAUAUCUACAACUCGAUCCCGAUGCGCCCCCCGCCUCAGAACAUGCCAAUGAUGCAAAACAUGCCUAUGAUGCCUGGGAACAUGCGGCCUUUUGUCCCUAGUGGGCCAGGCAGGGGCGGACCACCAGGUCAAGGACCGAACGGUGUUCCUCGCCCUGAGCCUGCUGGGGCUGGGCGAGGUGCUGGGCCUGGCCCAGGCCCGGGUCAAGGACAACAGCCUGGAAGCCCACCACCACAUGGCAGGGGGAUGAUGUCCCCUAUGAUGGGGAUGAUGUCCUCCGGUCCGGGGCAGCAAUGGGCCUACUACCCGGGCUUGCCCCACCCUUAUUAUCCGGAAGGACAGCCGAUGCCUAACUCACCUUAUACUUACUGGCCGCAAGUCCAGGUCCCACAUCCGGGGAUGCCUAUGCAAGGCCAGCAGUACCCCCACCCGAUGCAGCAACAGCAAGGGAUGGUCCCCGUUCCUGUGCAGAUGCAGUUCCAAGGAGGUCCCGGACCGGGACAAGGGCCAGGGCAGCAGCUUCUGGUUCCUCAGCACACUAUGUCCCCUGGAGCACACGGUCGUCCUCUUCCAGGUCCUGGACCAGGAGCACAACAACAGCCUCUCCCAGGUCCGGGGACUCCCAUCUCCAUCUCCGGCCUACCUAGUCCGUUACCCUCCCACGUCCACCCUCCUGGCCAGCCCAUACCUCAAGGUAUCCAGCAGCUUCCUCCUACCCCUCUCCCACACCCCUCGACCCCCUCCACGCUGCGUUCCGCCCUCCCGGGACCUAACCCCCCCAACAACCCGAACUUCCGCUAUCCCGCCCCCACCCCUACCCCCGGCGCACCCGGACCAGGAUCCCUCACCGGGCCACCGACACCGGGAGGGGCGAGUCAGCUGAAUUCCCGCGCUACGGAAUUCGUACCCUCCUCGGCUAGGAAAACGAUCAAGAUCACCCGGGAUGAUGGGACUCCUGUCUCUCUCUCGGCUUUCUCUACUCAUUCUCACGGGAGGUCUGCGUCCGUCAUUGGCUCUGGCGCUUCGGCGAGAGGGUCACCUGCCCCGGGGACUCUGGAGUUGAAGGAUACGAAAGAGGUCAAGAGGGUUGUGGUUAGGUUGGAGAGUGAGGCUGAUAAGGCUCGCCGGGAGCGGGAGGCGAAGGAGAAGGAAGAAAAGGAGGCUAAGGAGCGGGAGGCGAAGGAGAAAGAGGAGAGGGAGGCGAGGGAGAAGGAGGAAAGGGAGGCUAAGGAGAAGGAGGAACGGGAGGCUAGGGAGAAGGAGGAGCUGGAGAGGAAGAAACGGGAAGAGGAAGAGAGGGAGAAGGAGCGCCUUCUUGCGGAGGAGAAGGAGAAGGAGAAAGCUAGGCUUGCGGCUGAAGCUGAGGCUGCGGCUGCGGCUAAGGCGAAAGCGAAAGCGAAAGCUGAAGCUGAGGAAGCGGAGGAGAAAGCGAGAAAAGAGGAAGAAGCGCGUGUCAAGGCUGAGGCUUUGGCCGCUGCUGCCCUCGUCGCUGCCGCUGCUGCCAAAGCCGAAGAGCAGCAGAAAGAGCUCGAGCGGCGGCAAGCGCAAGCGGAAGAACUGGCAGAAAAAGCCGAUACUCUCUCUGCUCUACCCUCUGCUGGUGCUUCUGCUUCCCAAACUCCUACUUCUCCCUCAACACCUGACCUUUCCGCGGCGUCUAUCUCCCUUAAACCCCUCAACGGAGGGUUCUCGGACGCGAAGAUCCGCCGUCCUGUUCCUGGUGCGCUGGACCUCAAGUCCGCCUUAAACGCAGCGGCCAAGUCUGCCCCUCCGCUCUCUUCUGCCCAGGCUUCCGCCCUGCUCUCCGCCCGCCCAAUAGAAGACAUAAACGCCAUCCAGUACCCCGCAGGCAUCCGCACGCCCAACCCGGACUUGAACGCACAUGGCCCGCCUGGCAAGUUCAGGUACGACAGGGACUUCCUCAUGCAGUUCAUGAACGUGUGCAAGGACAGGCCCGAAACGCUCCCACCGCUCGACGCGAUCGGCAUAGAGAACUCGGACGCGAUGACACAGCAGUAUCCUCAGGGCGGCGGGCGGGCGCCCGGCGGGCCCCAGGACAGGCGGAACAGGGCUUCCGUUAGCGGCAAGCUUGGACUUGGGAUCACUGGGAAUCCCGGAGCACCAUUUGCCGGCAAAGGCGGUUUCUCGAUGGGCAACUUCCAGGCUCCUGUGCGUGCUGGUGCGGAGGGAGAUAGGUACAGGAGCGUCUCUUCCUUUGCUGGCCCGGCUGGGGUCGCUCUCGUCGGAAGGCCGGUGGCGAUGACGCGUACUGCUAGUGGGAGUGGGCUUUCUGGCCAAGUACCUGGUAGUCCCGGUGGUGGGAACAGGAACAGGAGCUUGCGUGGUCGUCAGCGGCCUGAGAGUAGACAACCAUCUCAGAUGAUCCCGCCCCCUAACACUCCUGGCUUCGAACCGAUCGAGCCCCUGCAGAAAUCAGAAAAUCGCUGGAAACCCCAGCUCGCUGUGCCCCGGAGUCAGCGGGAUCGUGAACCGGCCGACACGCCCGAGAUGGUCGAGCGGAAAGUCAAGGCGUUGCUCAACAAGCUCACGCUGGAAAAGUUCGACUCUAUUUCGGACCAGAUCGUCGGUUUCGCCAACCGUUCCGAGCAGGAGACGGACGGCCACACGCUUAUUCAUGUCAUCAAACUCGUGUUUGAGAAAGCGACUGACGAGCCUGCGUGGAGCGAGAUGUACGCGCGUUUGUGUCGGAAACUCAUGGAGCGUAUUAGCCCCAAGGUGUUUGACGUCCAGGUCAAGAAUGCCGAGGGGACGCUUAUCGUCGGCGGCCAGCUUUUCCGCAAGUACCUCUUGAAUAGGUGUCAGGAGGACUUUGAGCGUGGCUGGGCUGCUAGGCGCCAGCUUGCGGAGGAGAACGCGGGUGGACAUGGGAAGGAGGGAGAGGAGGCGAUCUUUUCUGACGAGUACUACGCUGUGCAGAAAGCGAAGCGCCGGAGUCUGGGUCUGGUCAAGCUCAUCGGUGAGCUGUUCAAGCUCCAGAUGCUUACCGAGCGGAUCAUGCACGAGUGUAUACGCAAGAUGUUGGCCAACGUCGAGAACCCCGAAGAGGAGGAAAUCGAGUCCCUUUGCAAGCUUUUGACGACUGUGGGCCAGCAGCUGGAUACGGAGAAGGCAAAGGCGCACAUGACGAUCUACUUCCAGAGAAUGAAGGAGAUGGUCAAGAUCCUGAGAGAACGUGCGGAAAGGAAGGAAGUUUCUUCUCGGAUGAUGUAUAUGCUCCAGGAUAUUAUUGAUCUCCGUGAGAGGUACAACUGGCAACCUAGACAGAAGGGCUCCGCCCCGGGUCCUAUGACCAUCGCAGAGGUUCAUCAAGCUGCUGAGCGUGAGCAAGCCCAGAAAGAGGCGGAGAAAGUUCGGCAAGCUAUGUCCCGAGGCGGGUCACGGCGCGGGGAUCCCCGCGAAUACGGUCCCGAUGGUUGGCAGAACGUGCCCAGUGGACCGGCUGCCAGAGCACCGGCUCCUGCAAAAGCUGGAGAUCUGUCCAAGUUCGGCAACAUCAGCAAGCAAAGCGGCCCGAUUGGCGGCUUCGGUCCUUCGAACGUGUUCAAGAAAGCUGAUCCCAAGGUUGCUCGUUCUGAGGCUGCUGCUACGCCCACAAGGACGAACAUGUUCAACAUCCUUAAUGCGGCAGAUGGCACAGCAGAAACAGAGGCUAUGGCACACAAGGCACCUAGUCGGAAACCUAGUGUCGACCUCUCCGCAGGCGCUGCCGCACAGGAAGCCGGUGGACAGAGGAAGAGGCUCAAGCUGCUUCCUCGUUCGAUCCCUCUGGCAAAAGACGAGGAAAGUGCACCACCGUCCGCCGUCGAGAGCAUCGAUGAAGUUGCUGGCAUGUCCGAGCAGAAGGCAGAGGCAUUGAUCAAGGAAGACAUCCAAGAGUUCUGGCAGGUUGGCGAUCUUGGUGAAGCUGCCAACUACUUCAAGGAUCUGCCGUCGAACUACCAUGACAAACUGAUCGACAAAUUCGUCAGCGACGCACUCAACAAGAAGGAUGCGGACAUCGUAAUGGUUGCGGGUGUAUUCUCUCGCUGUGCGGCUGCCGGAACAGUGUCGCCAGAGUCCUUCAAGAAAGGUCUUCUCCCGACCAUCGAGUUCUUGGAUGAUGUCGCUGUCGAUGUGCCUCAGGCUUAUCCCUUCAUGGCAAAACUCCUAAAAGGGACACAGUUGUCUCAAGCUGACUUGGAAGAGCUGGCUAGUAAGAUUAGCGUAGAGGGCAGCCCACUUGUUGCGCCCAAGGACAAGCUCCUGAAAGAAGUGGCCAAGUUAGCAUGAUGAUUCCCACGUGCAACAAUAUUCCAUAUCCACAAUUCAUUGCACUUUUCUCAUGAUGCAGACCUGUCUAUAACUCCUUUGCACAUAUUUGUAGCAUGCACCGUAAUGCGUCUACAUACAUUUUACUUUCUGUUGUUCAUCCUCUAAUUGCUGGUUAUUCCUUUUCGAUCUCAGCUGGUAGUGGUUUUCCUUCGAUGUAGAUCCUUGCGAGCUGGUUGUAGCAUUACUACUUUCGGGAAAAUCCACCGCUUCCCUGACUAGUGCAAUGGAUAGACUUAAC